CCUAAUUUCAUCUCCACCAAAGCUUUUCACUCUACGUUUUCUUUCACACUCUCCAUAGCAUAGCGCAAGGAGGUUAAAGAGACGGCGUUGCUGUCCGCCUUGACCAAGCCGUAGCUUCGUCUUGGCCCUCUAAUUUUGUUGUAUCAUACUCUGUUCCUAGUUAGAUUCUCUUGUGUGUUUUAGUUCUUGAUCAAAUGGCCGGAAAACCAUCCAAGGCUGAUAAGAAGAUUGCUUACGAUGCUAAGCUCUGCCAGUUGCUGGACGAAUACAGCCAGAUCUUAAUCGUGGCGGCAGAUAAUGUUGGGUCGAACCAGCUCCAGAACAUCAGGAGGGGUCUUAGAGGUGACUCUGUGGUUCUCAUGGGAAAGAAUACCAUGAUGAAGAGGACCAUUAGAGUUCAUUCUGAGAAAACUGGGAACACCGCCUUCCUUAAUCUCAUCCCCCUCCUUCAGGGCAAUGUGGGACUGAUUUUCACAAAGGGUGAUCUCAAGGAAGUGAGCGAAGAAGUUGCCAAGUACAAGGUUGGAGCUCCUGCUAGAGUUGGCUUGGUUGCCCCAAUUGAUGUUGUUGUCCCUCCUGGCAAUACAGGGCUCGACCCAUCUCAGACCUCUUUCUUCCAGGUGCUCAAUAUUCCUACCAAGAUUAACAAGGGUACUGUUGAAAUUAUCACCCCUGUGGAGCUUAUCAAGAAGGGUGACAAGGUUGGCUCUUCUGAGGCUGCUUUGCUGGCAAAGCUUGGCAUAAGGCCAUUCUCUUAUGGUCUUGUUGUCCUGUCUGCUUAUGACAAUGGCUCUGUAUUCAGCCCAGAGGUGCUUGAUCUGACUGAAGAUGAUCUUGUUGAGAAGUUUGCAACUGGUGUCUCCAUGGUCACUUCAUUAGCAUUGGCCAUAUCAUACCCAACACUGGCAGCUGCACCACACAUGUUCGUUAAUGCCUACAAGAAUGUCCUCGCAAUUGCAGUUGCAACUGAAUAUUCCUUCCCACGGGCAGAGACAGUUAGAGAGUACCUGAAGGAUCCCAGCAAGUUUGCUGUUGCUGCUGUUCCGGUUGCAGCUGCUGAUGCUGGUGCUGCCCCAGCUGCUGCUAAGGAAGAGGAAAAGAAGGAAGAACCAGCUGAGGAGUCUGAUGAGGACAUGGGUUUCAGCCUGUUUGAUUAAGUUUGACGAAGGUUGCUGCUAUAGGACUAUAUGUUAUUUUGGAGAAUUUUUUAUGUGUUAUUUAGCAAGUUUUCCAUACAUUGAUAGGAUAUAACAAGUAUGUUAUGUUCUGGUUUUCUUGAACCCUUCUCUUUCUUGCUAAUUGUUGAUGGCAAAAUAUUUCUGCUA